AUGGCCGUGGCUAGGGUUCUCCUCUGGUCCGUCUGUGUGUUGCGGGUGGCGCUGGCCACGGUCUACUUCCAGGAGGAGUUUCUAGACGGAGAGCGCUGGAGGAACCGAUGGGUGCAAUCCUCUAAUGACUCCCAAUUUGGGCAUUUUAGACGCUCGUCGGGGAAAUUUUAUGGCCAUAAAGAGAAAGACAAAGGUCUGCAAACCACUCAAAAUGGCCGAUUCUAUGCCAUUUCUGCACGGUUCAAACCAUUUAGCAAUAAAGGGAAGACGCUGGUCAUUCAGUACACAGUGAAACAUGAGCAGAAGAUGGACUGUGGAGGUGGCUACAUUAAGGUCUUCCCUGCAGAUGUAGAUCAGAAGAACCUGAGUGGAAAAUCCCAGUACUAUAUUAUGUUUGGACCUGAUAUUUGUGGAUUUGAUAUCAAGAAAGUUCAUGUUAUUUUAUAUUUCAAGAAUCAGUAUCACGCGAACAAGAAACCUAUCAAGUGUAAGGUUGAUGGCUUUACACACCUCUAUACUCUGAUCUUAAGACCAGAUCUCACUUAUGAAGUGAAAAUUGAUGGCCAAGCAAUUGAAUCCGGCAGCAUUGAGUAUGACUGGAACUUGACAUCACUGAAGAAGAUGGAGAAGUCUUCAGCAGAGUCCAAGGAUUGGAAACAGGAGAAAAAGAACAAACUCCAGGACUGGGAGAAGCAUUUUCUGGAUGCCAGUGCCAGCAAGCCGAGCGACUGGAACAGUGAACUGGACGGCGACUGGCAGGCACCAAUGCUGCAGAAACCUCCAUACCAGGAUGGCUUGACACCAGAAGGUAUAGAUAAAGAUGUUUGGCUUCAUCAAAAGAUGAAAAACACCAACUAUUUGACGGAAUACGACCUUUCAGAAUUUGAGAACAUUGGUGCCAUCGGGCUGGAGCUUUGGCAGGUGAGAUCGGGAACCAUCUUUGAUAACUUCCUGAUCACAGAUGAUGAAGAGUAUGCUGAGAAUUUUGGCAAGGCCACCUGGGGUGAAACCAAGGGCCCAGAAAGGGAGAUGGAUGCCAUCCAGGCCAAGGAGGAAGUGAAGAAGGCCCAUGAGGAAGAUGAGGAGGAACUGCUGAUGGGCAGGUUUAAUGGGAAAGAAAAUAACUUCAGAUUUCACAGGAGGGAUGAAUUUUAGUCACCCCCAACCCCAGAUAAAGAUGACUGGUACACCUUGUUUCUACUUUAAUCU